UCCGGAAUUCACAUUUAAAUGAUAAGCAUGCCCCAUACUAAUAGCAAAGGAGAUUCUGAAGAUAAUUUUCAAUUUACAAUCAACAAUGCGAUACGAACUUAUAAUGCAAUCCAUUAAAUUUUUUAGUCAAGUCUAAGACUUGCCCUCGUCCAGUAAAGUAUCGGAAUUUAUUGCAAAAUUCAUUCAAAGAAAUCUAUUUUUUUAUUCUCCUUUCAUUCAGAAAUUUUUUUUUUAACAGUGCAAACAGUUCCACCUUUUCUCUACAUUUUUCGGAAAUUAAAAAUCUGUGAAUAAAAUAGAAAAUGUAUCUGAAUUUCGACGAACAUGUCUCUUGACACAUUUCUAUUCACAUUCCAAAUUCCGAGAUAUUGUAAUUCUGUUUAGACCAUCUUCAGCGUUUGAAAAAUGAAACUCCCAAACUUUUCUGAGAUUCAGAUUCUUUCUUUCCACCUUUCUGCGAACCCCUGCAGGGUGGAUCACCCUGUGACUCAGCUUAAAUAAACAUCUAAUUGAAUACCAUCUUUUCACCUAUCUAAUUCCCUCUCAACAUUGGCAAUAAUACUUCAUAAAUAAAUUUUUAAAAAUCCAACUGUCCAUUUUUCUUCAUGUGAAUAAACCAGUGUCGAUGACAGUCACCUCAUUGACACACGUCUCGCAAAAUCCCCCCCUGUUGGCAAUAUCCUAUAUACAAUAUUCUCGGAUCGAAGGUGGUAGUCACAUCCGUUAUACGACGAACGAGAAAUCCUCUGGCAGGGAUACCUGAAGCCCCACCACCAUUGGACAAGGUUUCCCGAUGGGUUCGUGUUUUUAUCGCGUUUGCGCAUUAAAACAUAACUGAGAUAUCAAAAAGGGGGGGAUGCAAUCCACCACCGUCACAACUACCCCACCUAGUCGUACACACAUUCAACACUGUUAAGGGUGGCUCGCCGGUGGGGCAAGAGAGGUGGGGAGGGAGGGGCAAACGAUCGCUCAAUAUUCAUCCCUCUGUGUAAGUAAGACCGGAGCGCAGCAGCAUCAAGCAGAGUAAUACGAGAGUGCGCGGCACAGACCUCUUUCUUUCGUGUCCUCGCCCACCCGUAGCUGGUCGAUCACACCAGCACCAGCCAGCCGAAGCCAUCACCGUAUCUCUGUUCUAAAAUAAAAAGAAAAAAAAGUUCAUCCAACAGUUAUAAAUUAUUGUUAAAAUUAAUAUAUUUAUUAGUUAAAAAGUUUUAUCAAUGGAGGAUAAAAAAGUCGAGCAGUACUACACACCACCCCCUAAACUUGGAAAAUGGGAGUCGUUCUCUACAUUUUUGUACAAUUCCGAGACGGGACAGUUUCUUGGACGAACUGGCUCCAGUUGGGCUAAAAUCCUGCUGUUUUAUGUGAUUUUCUAUGGAGUAUUAUCGGGAUUUUUUGGUGCAUUGCUGGCGGUAUUUUACCAAACCCUAGAUUAUCAGCAACCAAAGUGGCAAUUGGAGCGUUCGUUAAUUGGUAACAAUCCAGGACUUGGAUUCCGGCCGUUGCCACCAGACAGCAAUGUCGAGAGUACGCUCAUUUGGUACAAAGCCAGUGACAAGGGAAAUUUCAUUCUCUGGGCUGAAGCCCUCGAUAAGUUCCUCGAAGCGUACGAACCACCAAAGCCUGGCACCACUGGUCUGGCUGCACAGUAUCAAGAGAACAGGGUUCUGUGCUCAUACGGUAAUCCACCACCUCCUGGAAAAGCCUGCAUAGUUGAGCUCGAGAAGUUUUCACCCUGCGUUAAACAAAACAGAUACAUGUAUGAGAAAUCUCAGCCUUGUAUUUUCUUGAAGCUGAAUAAGAUCUUUGGUUGGCAACCACAAUUUUUCAAUGACACAGAAAAUCUACCAUCCAACAUGCCCCAGGAUCUGCAGAACCGCAUAAAAACUGCAAAAAUGCGAAAUCCUAAGGAGCUGGAAACAAUCUGGGUUUCCUGCGAGGGAGAAAAUCCCGCUGAUGUUGAGAACAUUGGACCCAUUCAGUAUAAACCAAGCUCGGGAUUCCCCGGUUACUAUUUCCCGUAUACAAACAGACCGGGUUACCUCAGUCCGCUGGUAGCUGUGUGGUUCGAAGCGCCAAAGCGUAAUGUUCUUAUCAACAUCGAGUGUAAAGCGUGGGCCAAAAACAUUAUUCACGACCGUUUCGAGAGGCGUGGUUCAGUUCACUUCGAGUUGAUGGUGGAUUAAACACUGUUUUCCAUUAAACAAUCAUCAAUUGCGAAUGACCACAAAGAAACAUCGCCAUUAAAUAAAUAAAAAAAAAGUAAAAAUAAAAUCUAAAAACUCAUAACAGCAGUUACCAUAAGAACAAAAUAUUCCAGACUCAUCGAUGAAUACGAUUCAACUCGUACAAAUCACUCGAUCCUAAUGAGAUGAUGCUGAUUACUGAGACGAGUGAUGACAGACUGUCGGAAAAAUCGGACCACCAUUCCCCCAUUUCCACUGUAAAGAGAUGGCAUUUGUUAAGAGCGAUUGUACGAGAUGAUAACAGAUUCACUGACAUGAAUUACCAUUUUUGAACUGUUUCCAUUAUUAUUGUUAUCCACUGCCGUUGAUCUUAAUGUUCUUCUUCGUCGACAAUUUUCCAAUGCGUCUCUAUCAUCCUGAAAUGUUCAUGAAUUAAAAUAAUAAGCAUCAGAGAGCACAAAAAAAUACAUCGGAUAAAAAAGAAGAGAGUGGAAUGAAUUCUGCAGUGAGCGGUUAACUGAUAGCCAGAUUUGAUAAUUCAACUGGUGAAGAGGAGAUCCAGAAGAUAAUAUCAAGGAAAUUCUUGUGAAAUAAAAAAAAAAUGUCCAGGAAAAAUGUCUCUUGAUAUUUUCUACGACCAACAAGAUGUUCAAAAGAGACCCAUUACAUUUAUCAAUUCACUCCGAAUUUAGUAGUAAAUCUUCACCAUUUCACAUUAUGCACAAAAAACAGUGUCGACGUAGAGGAGUGAAAUAUCGCAGCUAUUGGAAUGGUGAUCUGAUUUUUUCAUGGCGACAGACACAUUUUUAUUCUAUGUACAUCGUUAUUAUUUUAUUUAUUUAUUUAUUCGAAUGAUACAGAACAUCUGUUAAUUUAAACAAUUCACAGUGAUGUACCAUCAAUAAUGCUAAUGCUUUAUGUUCAUAAUUUUAAGAGGAAUGAAUAAUUUACACAACACUAACGACGUUUUACAUCGACUUUCAUUCAAAUGAUGCAAAUGAGAAUGAUGAAUCAAACAAUUUAAAAGAACAUUCUGACUCCACAUGAUUCCUAAAAUUCGAUAAAUAAGAGCCAAUGAUUCAAAUCGAUAUGAUCGAAAUUUCAUCAAUUUAGAGCUUUCAAUGUGUGUCAUGACUAAAUGAGCAAAUAAUUGCGACUGUUAUCUUCAGUUUUUUCAUGUACGAGGAAGCACUUGUGACCUCUGCGAUAUAGUACGUGUCUUAAUAGGGGAUCGACGAUCGGAUAAGUCCAACACAUGAUUGAAAAAAAAUAUAUAUAAUAGAAAAAGAAUCCUAAGAAAUUUAAAAAACAAUACAUAUGUAUAGAACACGCUUUUGAAGAGGCAUUUGCUUAGUCACUGGGGAUCUGUGAAGAGAUGAGAAUGUGCAACGUCAAAAAAAAAUAAAAAAUUCUGCAAGCCUAUAGUGAUGAUAUAUCGUCCUUACGAUCAUACAUACGAACAAAAAAAUAAUGAAAGAAAAAAAAUUAAAAAAUGUUUAAGAUUAAAUUAAUUGUACCGAAUAAUAAAAUACUAUAGUGAUAUAGUAAACACAGUCGUAUAUAGUUGAAAUAGGUACUUAGGAGUGAAAAAAAAAAAAUGGUUGUUUCGAUGAUUUAUCUUUUUGAGAGAGAAAAAUACGUUCCACUACCACGACAUUUUCUUAAAUAAAAAUGUAAACAUGAAUUAAGAGAUUUGUGAAGAUAAAAUGCAAUGUAAUGAGUAAAACUGUUCACAGAAUCCUGAGUAAUACGCCUGAUCUAUAAGUACCAGUGGCACUUUGCAUUAAUCUAUUGAAGGGACAAGUGUAUCAUUUAAUUAUUGUUCAUUAAUUUAAUCGCUAUUUAUUGAAUCGAGACUUUGUAUUUAUUAGACGCAUUGACUGUACACGCCUGUGUGUGCCGCCGUUUAAACAAUUUUAUUGAUAAAUAAAGAACUUCGUAAUACAUACUAAUUAUUUUAAGAUGAUAAAUUAUAUGAAUUUUAGGGAGAUCAAGAAUGACGGAAAUUUAAAAAAAAAACGAUAUUAAAAUUAAAUUGAAGACGCGUUCAGGGCGGUAACGUAUUUGAAUAUUAUUAUUAGUGUUAUUUAUUGUAAUCGGUAAUGAGAGAGGAAAACAAAUUUACAUGAAAAUACGAAAGAUGGAAAAUACCAAAAGAAUACGAUUUAAAAAAAUAUUGAGAAUAUAAUUCAUCAUUAUAGGUGCACCAUUUUCUUAUAAAUGGGCAUCUAAUGUUGUUGGAAUGUUUAAAAACUUGAAGAGUAUGUGGGAAAAAAAAGUAUGAGAACGUGCGAGAGUACAAAAAAAAAACAAUUUGAGAAAAUGGGAGACAGUGAAAAUGAAUUCGAAUGUUCACAUCAUUCGAAUUUGAAAUGAUGUUUCAGUUUUAAAUGAAAAAAAAAAAAACCUAAAAUACUGCGAACAGAUAGUCCCAAAAUGAAUAAGAGGUUCAAUAAAAUCAUACCGCGAUACCCAGUUUAUCGUUGUAUGAGGUGAAAUAAUUAUUGCAUUUGUGACCGAAAGACAAAACAAAUGGUAAAAUAAACAUCGGUAGUUCAUUCUCUAAUAAGAACCCCAAGGCGAUAUUGAUUACGUCUCGAUACUUACAUGAAGUUACUUAAAUUACUCGUAAUUUUUAAUUACGAUCGUUGGCAAAAUUUGUGCAAAUAAAGGAAAGAAAAUUAAAAAAAAAAA